UUUUCCUUUAUUUUUGGCUUUUAAAAUCAGAAACUUUUCUUGGGUUGCCGUACUUCUUCUUUUUAGUUUACGUGCCUCUUACCACAUCACUGAUAUGGUCUCUUUUACCGCAGUAUGGUCACUGCUUGUGGGCGCUUUCAGUGGAGAAGGCUGGAAGGUUAGGAUCUGGAGGAAACAUAACAAAAAAGGGAGGAAAAAAAAAACCCUUCGUUUGGCCAAAUCUGGCUCCUAAUAUAUUUAACCACUUCCAGAAUUAGAAAGCCUUUCUGUACAUUUUCUUCUAUGUUUCUCUCUUUUUUUCCUUACGUAAUGAAAUUAAAACUUUUGGAGCCCACAGUUGACAUUUUUCAGAAAAUUGAGUUAUCAAGGCAGUAAUUAUUUCACGGGGAGAUAAAACUCUCAUAGCCCUAACUGUCAAAUAGGGCCCUUUUCAGAUUUUAAUUACAAAAUAAAAUUAGUCUGCUCUUCCUCGGAAUGGUUUGUGAGUGGUUAAACAGAGCUUUCCCCCCAAUACUGGUGGUCGUCAAACUCUGCUAAUUAGCAAUGCUGAGAAAUUCCAGUUAACAAGGACAUUCUCCAAGACUCUGCAGGUUCCCUGCCGUUUGCCUUCAUUUCCAUAAGAAGAUUAAGAGAGGAGGGGAACACACUCAAAUGCAGAUGCAGAAAAGAAGCGUUUUUUAACAAGCAUCAUAAUAGUAAGAUGCUUGGCUAGUUCUCACCUAAUUACUGCAAGUUAAACCUCUAUUUGCCACUAAGAAGAAAAAAUAAGUCUACAGUCCCCUAUCUCCACAAAAUUGUUAGUUGGCUUCAGAUAUAAUACUUGGGAGGGAUGAGGGGAGUUUAGGAGAGAAAUACCAGUGCAAAAGAUAAAACUGAGCUACACUUAAUCAGUUAAGGAUUUUUGGCUGGGGCCUAUAUAGUAGAGCAAAAUUAAAUCAGAAUAUCCUAGGAGUUAGGCAUUUUUGUUCCUAAUUUCUAAUCUUGCUUUAAAAGGAUGCAGCUUUUUGCUGCCCACGAAAGGGAAAUGUUAUACUUCCUUUAGAAUAAGCACUUUAAAUUUUCAUACAUUGUGCCAAUGGCAACAUUUUUAAAUUCUUGAAGGAUGAAGCACCCUCUUCCAAGUCUUAUUUUGAUUCCCUAGUAGUCAAUGGUGCAUUGUUAUUAGUACUGUAGCCAUCUGUUAUAAACCUAAAACAGUGCUGCUUCUAUCAUCUAUUGUGAUUAUUAUAGUUAUUAUUAUAUUUAGGGGCCAGUGAUAGUGCCGGAUUGAAAUAGAGUGGCCGGUGAUCUGAUUUUUUUAAUGCAUAUGUUCUAAAAAAUCUAAUGAGAAAAUUGUUUCUGCUAUCACCAUCUUCUUUAAUCUUAUUUUCAUAGCACAUUAUUAUGCAUAAAUGCCAGCCACAGUUAGUUUAUUGCCUUGAUAAGUACAGCAGGCUUAAUUAAAAUAAAGCUGUAAAUAAAUGCAACCAAUGAUAACACAAUUGUAAUGUAUUUCCAUAGCUUAUUUAUAUGAUAAAAGCAAUUAACAAAAGACCUAGCCAGCCCCUUUAACCUCUUAAAUGCAUUAUUAUAGAGUUCAGUCACAAACACAGGCGUCUGAGAAUGUAUAAAAGCUUUUAUAUAUUAUCCCAAGGAAAAAUUUGUGCCUCUUCCUACUACCCCUUGAGAGAGAGGGAGAUUUAAAAAUUUGCUACUGUAACCAUUCGUUAUUAAUAUUUAUUUUAAUACAUAUACUCCACCAUUAUCCACAUCAACCCCUUGGGUUAUUUUUCUUCAGACUUAAUUAUCCAUAAGCUUUUUUAAAGUUUUCAGAAUAAUGCUACUAAGCACAGACCAAUGCAUACACAAUCAUGAAGUGAAUGCUUGGUCUGCCCUUCGUGGCAUCUGGACAAUCACAAUUCAUUCAUAUGUUGAAUCUCGUAAUUUGUACCUAUUUUUUCCCACAGUUUAACCUCCUACUUCUCUGGAGGUUAUAUGUACAUUUCUAAGUUAAGCAAAUUAAAUCUGAUUCUUAUGAUUUGGUUCCAUGGCUUAUAUAUGUUAACUUUUCUUUUGUUUAGAUUACGUGUAAUUAGUUGGAUCUUCCUCCCAUUCCCUUCAUUUUUUUCCCUUUAAUUAUUUCCAAACACCUUCUUUUAAAAGGUAAAAGCAAAACUGUAGUCAUGGAAAAGCGAAUCCACCAGUAGGGGGCGCACCAGCUACAUCCCUGAAACCAGACGCGCUGAAAAGCCAGCCUGUGGCUGCCGUGUUGUCUUCUGAGCCUCUAACCUUUUCUCUUUCCUCGUGUCCAUGUCCGUUUUUAGCUUAAUAAACAGAAGAUAUUAUUUUGUUUUGAAGAGUGCCAUAUAUUUAUCCGUUUCGAGAAGGCCAGUCUCACUCUUCCCGGGUUCCCCAGAACAAAAACAAACCAUAACUUGGAGAAAAAGAAGCUGAUGGGGGAGGGGCGGCUGAUUGGAAAUAAUAAUUUAUAAAGAAAAGGAUUCUUUUUCUCAACUUUUCUGGCUUUCCAGUGAGCAUACUUAUUUUGAGUUGGACAGGAACAGAAAAGCCUGGGAGGGCAGGGAUUGGAGAAGUUGGAGUGGGGGUGGUGAUGGUUAUGGGAAGGUUAGUAAGGAACAAAACAAUGCAAAGUUUUGUAAAGAUAAUAAAUGGAACGUGGCCGACAGAUACUAUUCAGUACAUUUUCUUAGGGUGAGUACGGGUAGAUAGAUCAGGGGAGGAGGGGGCGGAGAGAGUGUUACAGAAGAAAGAAAAUAAGUAACCCUGAUGGUUUAAGCCCUUUAUAAAAAAGAAAUGGCAACAGGUUUUUUUUUUCUUCCCACCCCCCCCCCCCACCCUUUGUAGUCAAGUGCAUUUUAGCCACAAAGAUCCCAACAAGAGAGUGGAAGGAAACUUAGACGGGGCUUUGUUUGACUCCGUGUAGCGACAACAAGAGAAACAAAACUACCUAUUUGUAACGGACGUGCUGCCAUUGCUCUCCGCAUUGAGCGCCUACCUAUUGAAAUCUUUACGUCAGGACAAUGGGAGAGCGGCUAAAAUUACCCUCUUGGGUCCUGGGCGGGCAGGAUUCCUGAGCCCCUACCCCCGCCUCCAUCCUAUCCUCCUCCAGCCUCGGCCUUGCUGGGCGCCCCCCAGGACCAGUCCUGGCCGUCUUCUUCCUGCCUGCACCGCCUGCACCUGUGCCUGGGGAGCACCACACCCGCCUCCCAGGCCUGGCGACCCCUCCGAGCGCUGCCCCAGACCCAGGCGGCGCGGGCAGAGCGGCCACCACAGUACAAGUCACAAGGGGAAUGGCAGGGCUGGUUCUGCUCGAGUCCUGGGAACUCUGCGUGGGAGGGAGUUUGGGAGUGCGGCCCACCUCCAUACUGUGCCGUGGGAUGCCAGGAAGUUGAAGUUACGCUGCUCCGUAGCCUGCGCUUCUGAGCGUCCUUCUGUGGACCUUUUUCUUCCCCCAGCCUCCUUCUGAAACCGGCCCAACUGAAAUCCUGCUUUGGGGGAGGCUCAGGGGGAGAAUGGGGAGAGAGGACGAGAGCGGGGGCAUCCUCUCUCCAUCGACUGAAUGGAGAAAGAUGGUGGGCGACGUGGCUGGGGGUAAGGGGACAAGCUAUGGUGUCCCGGCCGGAGCUGAGCGGGGCAGGGAAGAGCCGGCUCGCCGCAGCUUCCCCAGGUCCGGCCUCCCCUUAAUUGUAGAGUCGGCCGCAUAGUCCAAGCAGGAUUUAUGCUUAAAACAGAGCAAACUGCGUGGCAGCAAGGAGGGUUUUGAGGACAGAGCUUUCCCUCCUACCUAACUUGUCGGGACUGUGUGAGAAAGGGGUGAGCCAGUGCUGGCACCUGUGGAGGAAGAGGGGCGAGGGGAAGAGCGAGGUUAGGGAGAAGCACCGGCGAGGCUGGGUUGGGGAGAAGCGUGCGGAGGAGCGAGAGAACAAUGACACACCAACUCCUGCACUGCCUGCUUCCUGAAAUACUAGUAGGACAGUCGCCCUGAACCACCCACUCUGCCCUGCCCCACCCUACCACCUUAGCGGCUUCUUGCGCCCCUUCCCCAACUCAGCGGCCCGCACCAAAAAGUAAAUCAAUACUAAGUUUGAAGAAGAAAAAAAAUCGUAGUCUUAGUGCUGUUUACCCACUUCCUUCGAAAAGGCGUGUGGUGUGACCUGUUGCUGCGAGAGGGGAUACAAAGGUUUCUCAGUGGCUGGCAGGCUGGCUGUAGGAGCCGCCUCCCCCUCCCUCCUUCCUUCCCCCUCCUCCCCCUGCCUCCCCCUGCCUCCCCCGCGCGGCCUGCGGCGCGGCAGGCCCCGCCCCCUUUCAUGCAAAACCCGGCGGCGAGGCUGGGCUCGAGUGGAGGAGCCGCCGCACGCUGAUUGGUCGCUGGAAACCCAUUUAUUCCCUGACAGCCCCCAUCACAUGGAUGGUUGUCUAUUAACUUGUUCAAAAAAGUAUCAGGAGUUGUCAAGGCAGAGAAGAGAGUGUUUGCAAAAGGGGGAAAGUAGUUUGCUGCCUCUUUAAGACUAGGACUGAGAGAAAGAAGAGGAGAGAGAAAGAAAGGGAGAGAAGUUUGAGCCCCAGGCUUAAGCCUUUCCAAAAAAUAAUAAUAACAAUCAUCGGCGGCGGCAGGAUCGGCCAGAAGAGGAGGGAAGCUCUUUUUUUGAUCCUGAUUCCAGUUUGCUUCUCUCUCUCUUUUCUUCCCCCAAAUUAUUCUUCGCCUGAUUUUUCUCGCGGAGCCCUGCGCUCCCGACACCCCCGCCCGCCUCCCCUCCUCCUCUCCCCCCGCCCGCGGGCCCCCCAAAGUCCCGGCCGGGCCGAGGGUCGGCGGCCGCCGGCGGGCCGGGCCCGCGCACAGCGCCCGCAUGUACAACAUGAUGGAGACGGAGCUGAAGCCGCCGGGCCCGCAGCAAACUUCGGGGGGCGGCGGCGGCGGCGGCGGCGGCAACUCCACCGCGGCGGCGGCGGGCGGCAACCAGAAGAACAGCCCGGACCGCGUCAAGCGGCCCAUGAACGCCUUCAUGGUGUGGUCCCGCGGGCAGCGGCGCAAGAUGGCCCAGGAGAACCCCAAGAUGCACAACUCGGAGAUCAGCAAGCGCCUGGGCGCCGAGUGGAAACUUUUGUCGGAGACGGAGAAGCGGCCGUUCAUCGACGAGGCCAAGCGGCUGCGUGCGCUACACAUGAAGGAGCACCCGGAUUAUAAAUACCGGCCCCGGCGGAAAACCAAGACGCUCAUGAAGAAGGAUAAGUACACGCUGCCCGGCGGGCUGCUGGCCCCGGGCGGCAACAGCAUGGCGAGCGGGGUCGGGGUGGGCGCCGGCCUCGGCGCGGGCGUGAACCAGCGCAUGGACAGCUACGCGCACAUGAACGGCUGGAGCAACGGCAGCUACAGCAUGAUGCAGGACCAGCUGGGCUACCCGCAGCACCCGGGCCUCAACGCACACGGCGCCGCGCAGAUGCAGCCCAUGCACCGCUACGACGUGAGCGCACUGCAGUACAACUCCAUGACCAGCUCGCAGACCUACAUGAACGGCUCGCCCACCUACAGCAUGUCCUACUCGCAGCAGGGCACCCCUGGCAUGGCGCUUGGCUCCAUGGGCUCGGUGGUCAAGUCCGAGGCCAGCUCCAGCCCCCCCGUGGUUACCUCUUCCUCUCACUCCAGGGCGCCCUGCCAGGCCGGGGACCUCCGGGACAUGAUCAGCAUGUACCUCCCCGGGGCCGAGGUGCCGGAGCCCGCCGCCCCCAGCAGACUUCACAUGUCCCAGCACUACCAGAGCGGCCCGGUGCCCGGCACGGCCAUUAACGGCACACUGCCCCUCUCGCACAUGUGAGGGCCGGACAGUGAACUGGGGGGGGGGGGGGGGGGGAGAAAUUUUCAAAGAAAAGCGAGGGAAAUGGGAGGAGAGUAAGAAGAAACAGCAUGGAGAAAAACCCGGUACGCUCAAAAAAAAAAAAAAAAAGUCAUCACCCGCAGCAAAUGACAGCUGCGAAAGAGAACACCAAUCCCAUCCACACUCAAGCAAAAACCGCGAUGCCGACGAGAAAACUUUUAUGAGAGAUCCUGGACUUCUUUUUGGGGGACUAUUUUUGUACAGAGAAAACCAGGGGGGUGGGGUGGGGAGGGCGAGGGAAUGGACCUUGUAUAGAUCUGGAGGAAAGAAAACUACGCAAAACUUUUUAAAAGUUCUAGUGAUACGGUAGGAGCUUUGCAGAAAGUUUGCAAAAGUCUUUACCAAUAAUAUUUAGAGCUAGUCUCCAAGCGACGAAAAAAUGUUUUAAUAUUUGCAAGCAACUUUUGUACAGUAUUUAUCGAGAUAAACAUGGCAAUCAAAAUGUCCAUUGUUUAUAAGCUGAGAAUUUGCCAAUAUUUUUCAAGGAGAGGCUUCUUGCUGAAUUUUGAUUCUGCAGCUGAAAUUUAGGACAGUUGCAAACGUGGAAAGAAGAAAAUUAUCCAGAUUUGGACAUUUUAAUUGUUUAAAAAAUUGUACAAAAGGAAAAAAUUAGAGUACUGGCAAAACCAUCUCCGUGGUCUUCUUUAAAGGGGCAAAAGUUUUAGAUUGUACUAAAUUUUUUUUUAACUUACUGUUAAAAGCAAAAAUGGCCAUACAGGUUGACAUCGUGGUAAUUUAUAAUAGCUUUUGUUUCCCAACUUUCCAUUUUGUUCAGAUAAAAAAAAAAAACACCCAACAACAUAAAUUACUGUGUUUGAAAUAUUUUCUUAUGGUUUGUAAUAUUUCUGUAAAUUUAUUGUGAUAUUUUAAGGUUCCCCCCCCCUUUAUUUUCCGUAGUUGUAUUUUAAAGAUUCGGCUCUGUAUUAUUUGAAUCAGUCUGCCGAGAAUCCAUGUAUAUAUUUGAACUAAUACCAUCCUUAUAACAGGUACAUUUUCAACUUAAGUUUUUACUCCAUUAUGCACAGUUUGAGAUAAAUAAAUUUUUGAAAUAUGGACACUGAAA